AUGAGACAGCUUGUGAUGGUGUUGAUCUUACAACAACAGAAACAUGGGAUAAGUGUGAAGUUUCUUCAACCGUUGGUAUCACCGGCGACCACUACUACAGUGUUUGUACCAAAUGAGACAGCUUGUGAUGAAAGCGAUCUAACGGUCACCGAAUCAUGGGAUAAGUGUGAAACGUCUUCUACUUCUACUGUUAUUGAUGGAAAGACCACUACUACAGUGUUUGUACCAAAUGAGACAGCUUGUGAUGAAAGCGAUCUAACGGUCACCGAAUCAUGGGAUAAGUGUGAAACGUCUUCUACUUCUACUGUUAUUGAUGGAAAGACCACUACUACAGUGUUUGUACCAAAUGAGACAGCUUGUGAUGGUGUUGAUCUUACAACAACAGAAACAUGGGAUAAGUGUGAAGUUUCUUCAACCGUUGGUAUCACCGGCGGUAAGCAAACGACUACAAUCUAUGUUCCUAAUGACACAGUUUGUGAGACUAUUAAUGAUACAGUUGAAAUUCCAUGGAACAGAUGUGAAAAGUCUACUACUUCUACUGUUAUUGAUGGAAAGACCACUACUACAGUGUUUGUACCAAAUGAGACAGCUUGUGAUGAAAGCGAUCUAACGGUCACCGAAUCAUGGGAUAAGUGUGAAACGUCUUCUACUUCUACUGUUAUUGAUGGAAAGACCACUACUACAGUGUUUGUACCAAAUGAGACAGCUUGUGAUGAAAGCGAUCUAACGGUCACCGAAUCAUGGGAUAAGUGUGAAACGUCUUCUACUUCUACUGUUAUUGAUGGAAAGACCACUACUACAGUGUUUGUACCAAAUGAGACAGCUUGUGAUGAAAGCGAUCUAACGGUCACCGAAUCAUGGGAUAAGUGUGAAACGUCUUCUACUUCUACUGUUAUUGAUGGAAAGACCACUACUACAGUGUUUGUACCAAAUGAGACAGCUUGUGAUGGUGUUGAUCUUACAACAACAGAAACAUGGGAUAAGUGUGAAGUUUCUUCAACCGUUGGUAUCACCGGCGGUAAGCAAACGACUACAAUCUAUGUUCCUAAUGACACAGUUUGUGAGACUAUUAAUGAUACAGUUGAAAUUCCAUGGAACAGAUGUGAAAAGUCUUCUACUUCUACUGUUAUUGAUGGAAAGACCACUACUACAGUGUUUGUACCAAAUGAGACAGCUUGUGAUGAAAGCGAUCUAACGGUCACCGAAUCAUGGGAUAAGUGUGAAACGUCUUCUACUUCUACUGUUAUUGAUGGAAAGACCACUACUACAGUGUUUGUACCAAAUGAGACAGCUUGUGAUGGUGUUGAUCUUACAACAACAGAAACAUGGGAUAAGUGUGAAGUUUCUUCAACCGUUGGUAUCACCGGCGGUAAGCAAACGACUACAAUCUAUGUUCCUAAUGACACAGUUUGUGAGACUAUUAAUGAUACAGUUGAAAUUCCAUGGAACAGAUGUGAAAAGUCUACUACUUCUACUGUUAUUGAUGGAAAGACCACUACUACAGUGUUUGUACCAAAUGAGACAGCUUGUGAUGAAAGCGAUCUAACGGUCACCGAAUCAUGGGAUAAGUGUGAAACGUCUUCUACUUCUACUGUUAUUGAUGGAAAGACCACUACUACAGUGUUUGUACCAAAUGAGACAGCUUGUGAUGAAAGCGAUCUAACGGUCACCGAAUCAUGGGAUAAGUGUGAAACGUCUUCUACUUCUACUGUUAUUGAUGGAAAGACCACUACUACAGUGUUUGUACCAAAUGAGACAGCUUGUGAUGGUGUUGAUCUUACAACAACAGAAACAUGGGAUAAGUGUGAAGUUUCUUCAACCGUUGGUAUCACCGGCGUGUUUGUACCAAAUGAGACAGCUUGUGAUGAAAGCGAUCUAACGGUCACCGAAUCAUGGGAUAAGUGUGAAACGUCUUCUACUUCUACUGUUAUUGAUGGAAAGACCACUACUACAGUGUUUGUACCAAAUGAGACAGCUUGUGAUGGUGUUGAUCUUACAACAACAGAAACAUGGGAUAAGUGUGAAGUUUCUUCAACCGUUGGUAUCACCGGCG